CCCACAGUCGAGCCGCAAUGAAGAGCUUCUCGCAGUGAAAGAAAAGUAGGUCGCACCCACUGAAAAUGCCUUUAAGGGACAAGUACUGUCAGACGGACCACCAUCAUCACGGAUGCUGUGAACCAGUUUUAAUCCUGGAGCCUGGAGAUCCUCCUUUGUUACAGCAACCACUACAGACAUCCAAAUCUGGUAUUCAACAAAUAAUUGAGUGCUUUCGAUCAGGAACUAAACAACUUAAGCAUAUUUUAUUAAAAGAUGUGGACACUAUUUUUGAAUGUAAAUUAUGCCGCAGUCUCUUCAGAGGAUUACCAAAUUUAAUUACCCAUAAGAAAUUUUACUGCCCACCAAGUCUCCAGAUGGAUGACAACCUUCCUGAUGUAAAUGAUAAACAGAGCCAAGCCAUAAGUGAUCUCCUAGAAGCCAUAUAUCCAAGUGUGGAUAAGCGAGAAUAUAUUAUUAAACUAGAACCCAUAGAAACUAACCAAAAUGCAGUGUUUCAGUAUAUCUCAAGGACGGAUAAUCCCACAGAAGUCAUAGAGUCGAGUGACACUCCUGAGCAAACUGAAGUUCAAGUCCAGGAAACUAACACAGAGCAGUCGAAAGUAGUACCAGUUGUAGACACAGAGGUGGAAACUGUAGAGCCCCCUCCUGUUGAGAGUGUUACAGAUGAAGCUACACCUACAUCUGAUGAACAGCCUCAGGAAUCACAGGCUGACUUGGAAACUUCUGAUAAUUCUGAUUUUGGUCACCAAUUGAUAUGUUGCCUUUGUAGAAAAGAUUUCAAUUCUAGACGUGGUGUUCGUCGUCACAUUCGGAAAGUACACAAGAAAAAGAUGGAAGAACUAAAAAAGUAUAUUGAAACACGGAAGAAUCCAAACCAAACUUCUAAAGGACGCAGUAAGAAUGUUCUAGUUUCAUUAAGUAGGAGUUGUCCAGUAUGUUGUAAAUCAUUUGCUACAAAAGCGAAUGUAAGGAGGCAUUUUGAUGAAGUCCAUAGAGGACUAAGGAGGGAUUCAAUUACUCCUGAUAUAGCAACAAAGCCUGGGCAACCUUUGUUCCUGGAUUCUGUUUCUCCUAAAAAAUCUUUUAAGACUCGAAAACAAAAGUCGCCUUCAAAGGCUGAAUACAAUUUAACUGCAUGCAAAUGCCUCCUUUGCAAGAGGAAAUAUAGUUCACAAAUAAUGCUUAAAAGGCAUAUGCAAAUUGUCCACAAGAUAACUCUUUCUGGAACAAACUCUAAAAGAGAGAAAGGCCCUAAUAAUACUGCCAACAGUUCAGAAAUAAAAGUGAAAGUUGAACCAGCAGAAUCUGUAGAAUCUUCACCCCUUUCCAUUACCCAUUCUCCACAGAAUGAAUUAAAGGGAACAAAUCAUUCAAAUGAAAAAAAGAAUACACCGGCAGCACAGAAAAAUAAAGUUAAGCAAGACUCUGAAAGCCCUAAAUCAACUAGUCCGUCAGCUGCAGGUGGCCAGCAGAAAACCAGAAAACCGAAACUUUCAGCUGGCUUUGACUUCAAGCAACUUUACUGUAAACUUUGUAAACGUCAAUUUACUUCCAAACAGAACUUGACUAAACAUAUUGAGUUGCACACAGAUGGAAAUAACAUUUAUGUUAAAUUCUACAAGUGUCCUCUUUGCACUUAUGAAACUCGUCGGAAACGUGAUGUGAUACGACAUAUAACUGUGGUUCAUAAGAAGUCAUCUCGCUAUCUUGGGAAAAUAACAGCCAGUUUAGAGAUCAGAGCUAUAAAAAAGCCUAUUGAUUUUGUUCUAAAUAAAGUGGCAAAAAGAGGCCCUUCGAAGGAUGAAACAAAACAUAGUGAUUCGAAACAUGAUGGCACUUCUAACUCUCCCAGUAAAAAGUAUGAAGUAGCUGACGUCGGUAUUGAAGUAAAAGUCACAAAAAACUUUUCUCUUCACAGAUGCAAUAAGUGUGGAAAGGCAUUUGCCAAAAAGACUUAUCUUGAACAUCAUAAGAAAACUCAUAAGGCAAAUGCUUCCAAUUCACCUGAAGGAAACAAAACCAAAGGCCGAAGUACAAGAUCUAAGGCUCUUGUCUGGUGAGGAACAGUUACAGAGUUUUGCUUUUUUACCCCCAUCGAACUAAAAAAAAUUGACCAUAAUUUUAUAGCUGGUUCAUUUUAACACAUUUACUUCCAUUUAUCUCAUGUCAAUGGGAACUGCAAGAGUGACGUGCAUAUUGCAUUUACCUCUUCAGUGACCUUUAUUCCAGUGGUUUGGGAACAAAAUUAACUUCAGAACUUACUUUCCACAGGACAAUGCAAUGUAGUUAUAGAUAGAUGGCACAGGGUCAGUGCUUUCCUUUUAAUGUAAAAUAUAUACAUUUAUUUUGGUAUAUGUUUACAAUAGAAAUCUUAUGUUUAACUUUGCACAGGCUUACUUUGAUUUGGUGGCUUAGUAUAUUAAUGCAUUGUAGGGAAAUUAAAUAUAUUAGAAUGAGUUUGUGAAGAGGAUAAUUAUAGGAAGAAUAUUUUGAGGCACUGUAAUUAUUGUAAAAAUCUGUGAUGAUUAAAUAAAAUGCUGCACUCAGAAAAAAAAAUCCCCGAAUUAAAUUUAGAAUAAUGAUUAGCAUUUAACAUUUACCUUUAUUACAAUAGUUGCAGGUGAAGGGGAAAGUUGGUAAACAAAAGUUUGAUUUUUUUUUUAGGAGUGUGUAUUAAGAGACUUUUUUUAGUUUUGAGCUAUAGAAAAAAACUAAGUCUAGAUACUCUUUAUUUUUCUCUUUCUGCUCGAGCAGUUUGGUGAUCAUUAUCUCAACAGUUAAUAUUAAGAAAGGAUUUUUUUUGGUGGCUGUGGACUGCAAGAAAAGUAAAAUCCUUAUUUGGAAGAAAGAAAAAAAUAAUACUUAAAGCCUUUAGAACAAAUAUAGAGUUUUCAAAUGCAAUCUUAAAGGAAGAGCAGACUUCCCAUGCUUGCUUGCUUUUGCAAGUCUAUUUAUUUUUAAAGUUUAUACUUUCUGUACAAUGUCUCUUAUGUUUAAUGUAUUUAGUAUUAGUUUCAAAGUCAAGUUCUAAAGCAAAAUACUUAGUUUGAGUGUUUGAUAGGUUAACUGUUCCAGUUCGAUUAUCACACAUUUUUUUAUUUGUGUGGAAAACCUGAGAUGAAACCGUUCUUUAGAAGUCAUUUACUGUUGUGUAAUUUUAAGACCAAGGUUUUAUUGAUAAACUCAAAAGUAUUCAUUUAUUCCCAUUUCUCCUCAGAUAACUUCAAGUGAUGUGCGAAAAGGUUUGAAGUUCAUUUUUAUGGAAAGACUUUAAAUUGUUAGAACCACUAAACGUCUUCACAUGGUACUAUGAGGAAAAAAAAGAAAACAUUUUCAUAAAUUUUCAACUGUAAUUGCUGUUUUCUGACAAAAAUAGUAACCAUCUAACUAGAUUUUAAGUCAGUGCCUAUUCCAUCACUUUCAACUAGUUGUGACUUUACAUAUUUUCAUCACAGUCCUUCACCUAACCACCUUGGCUUUAUGCAUUUGGUCUACAGUUUCUACAGAAUUGUUGCAAAUUUCAUUUUGCAAAUAAUUUGUUGAUUAAAAUGAUCAACUGCCUGAAGAAAAUAAGUUUUUCACUGACAGAUUUUAUACUUUUAGUGAUUUAAGUUUCAUUUCAUUUUAUUUUGCAAAAUUUUCAUUUGGAUUGUACAGACAUAUGAUUUUCUAGUGAGUAUAUUUUAGGAACAAAAGAUGAAUUAGUAUCAACACAUUAUAUUUAGUCUCCUAAAUAUUUGUGAUCAUUUUACAUCCAUUUGUUUCUAACUUGUUCUCCAGCACUUAAAUAUUUGAAGGUUUUCCUCUGAACUAUAUGCUACAGUAAAGUUAAAGCUCAUUUUAAUGCAUGGAUCAUUACAUUUUUAUUUGUAAACAUCUGAGGAUUUUGUGAAAAUUAAACAUUCCCCUAUUUUUCUUUUUUAUAUAAAGCACUUUAAUGAUAGAUGCAGCCUUAUUCUUCAGUUUCUAUAUUUUUUAAAAGCCCAGACAUUAAUGCUUAUAUGAAGGUAAUAAAUAGCUUGCUGAUAUUUUAUGGAUGAGGACAAUCCAUGCACAACCACUUCUUAUGUUACUAGUUUAUUUCUUUAAGUGUUGCUGAGAAAGAAGAUGGGGCUGUAAACCUUGAUUUUUAUUUUUCUCCCAAGAAAGAUUUUUAAAUGACUACUUUAGAUAAUAUUUGACUCCUACAGUAAAAUUUAGAAAAUAAUGAGUUCUUGUCCAUUUUUGUAAUCAAGAUUUUAGAAAAAAAGUACAUCUAUCUUUAUGAAAUUUUGGGGCAGGGUUUUGUGUAUCAAUAUUUUGUAAUUUUUAGAGGAUAUUUUAUUUUUUAGUAAUUUGUGUCAAAUUAUAAUUUUAAAAGUUACAGCAGAAAAUAUACCAUGUUUUUAUAUAGGUUCACAUCUGUACUUAGAAUGGACUAUGUCCAUCUAUAUAUUCCUUUUGUAUAAACUUUUAAAUUGUUUAAGAUCCAUAAGGUCAUAAUAAAAUGCUUCUAUAGCUAGAAAAACAUUUACCCUUCUCAGUGCUUUGCACUAAAAUAUACUGUGAAAGGAAACUAGAAAGACUGUAAUUGUUGCUGGAAAUGUUCUAUAUUGAAUGUACAUGUUCUUGUUGGAAAAAAUGUACUAUAUGUGAUGGAAAUAAACCAGACUCGAAGUUAUUUCAGCUAAAUGUGCUUCAACAAAGGUGCAUUGGUUGAAACUUAAAUGUUUUAUUAUCAAAUUUAAACUUAUUCAGUGACUAUGAGCAGCUACACUUGAAUUAUAUCCUGAUAGUUUUAUUUUUAAGAAGUAAUGAUUUCUCUUUAAUUUAAAAACAGGUUACUUUUUCACAGAUGGUAAAUUUGUACCUAUAGGUCUAAAUUUAACGACUAAAAUAUUUAGGGACUAAAUGUGUAGGUGGUAUUUCAUUUAUAAACCAUCUUCAUUAGUUGCACAUUAUUAAACCUGUAUUUUUGACUUUU